GUUGCUGCUCACGACCAGCUUCUUAUACGUGUAUUUAGCUGCAGUUCUUUAAUCAAGUGAUUUAAGACAUUUCUAGCGAAAAAUGAUUAAAGCUAUUUUAAUAUUUAACAACCAUGGGAAACCACGGCUUAUCAGAUUUUAUGAAUAUUUUGCAGAAGAUCUGCAACAACAGAUCAUUCGAGAGACUUUUCAUCUUGUUUCGAAAAGGGACGAUAACGUCUGCAACUUCUUGGAGGGGGGAAGUUUAAUUGGUGGUUCGGACUACAAGUUGAUCUACCGACACUAUGCUACGCUGUACUUUGUUUUCUGUGUGGACUCCUCAGAGAGUGAACUGGGGAUUCUGGAUUUGAUUCAGGUGUUUGUGGAAACCCUGGACAAAUGCUUUGAGAAUGUUUGUGAGUUGGACCUUAUCUUCCACAUGGAUAAGGUCCACUACAUUCUCCAAGAGGUGGUGAUGGGGGGCAUGGUGCUGGAGACCAAUAUGAAUGAGAUUGUGGGUCAGGUCGAGCUGCAAAACCGCAUGGAGAAAUCAGAGGGCGGAUUCUCAGCGGCCCCAGCUCGGGCUGUGUCAGCCGUGAAGAAUAUGAACCUCCCAGAAAUGCCUCGCAACAUAAACAUCGGAGAUAUCAACAUCAAAGUGCCCAGCCUCUCUCCAUUCUGACCAGGGAGCCCAGGGGCGGUGUGGCUCAAAUGGCUCCCUAUUCCAUUUAUAGUGCCCUAUUUUUAACUAGAAACCCCUUAUACCCUUCUGGUAGAGAAAAUGUUACACUGGUGCCCUAAAGCGGUGCACUAAACAGUUGUAGUGGACGGUACCCGUCAAAAGUUUUGGAUUCAAUUGAAUGGGUUAGUGUGAGCAAACUCUUGACUGGUACCGCAUGUGUAGGGACUAGGCUGUUUGGGUAAUGCAGUAUGUAGGAAAUACUAGGUUGCCAUUUGGGCCUAACCUUCUGGCAGGUGUUGCCAGUCUGUUAUCUUAGUGUGCUAUGUGCUACUGACGUCAUGGUCCCCCCGUGGCUUCAAACUCUUCAAAAAGGAGACUGCUAAAUGGUAGACGUUUUGUAUUCCUGAUGACAAAAAAACCACCGCGGCUGUUUCUGUCGUGACAUUCCUUCCUGUUACCCAGACCGGAGGUGGGACUUGUGGAAGUGAGUCCCGCCUGCUUGUAGGAAAUGACAGCCCAAUAUAUCACCCAGGUGUCCCUGUCAAGCGUAAUGUCUGUAAAUGAAACUUUUGUUCUGUUUGGAGGGCUGCUAUGUUAAUUAUUCCUUGUAGUCUGUCUGCACGCCCAAAUGGCCCGCUCUUCUCUUUACAGUGUGCUCCUUCUGGGUGUCUGGUCCACAACAGGGCCAUUUAAAAUGCGCAAAUAUUCCCUGUUCUUGUCCUCAACAUUCAUACUGAUGCAGGCGUAUAGGAUAGCUUCUGUAUGUUUUGCACGUUUCCAUUAUGUUUUUGUUUUGACCGUUGGUUACUGAUAAUGUGUGUGAAUAAUUACUGUGUAGGCAUUUGUUAAUGCUUUUAAACCUGGCCCAGUUUUCAGUGUCGGGUGGCCAAACAAAUCUAGUGGUUUGUUUCUAUGUUAUUAUUGCUGUUGGCCUGUUUGUCACCACCUGUGACUCUUCAGGAUCGUCUUUGUGUCAUACCCCUGCCACUGAAUAAGUGUGUUGUGGUGUGUACCAAGGGUUACCCACAGAAGGAAGAAUGACAGCUACAGAAAUGCCCUGUCAGGAGGUCAAGACUUUUAACUGAACUAAAUUCUGUUGUCCUUUAAAUGACAUCGACAGUCACGUGAUCACACUAUAUAAAGGGCCAAACUUCUCCAAAAAUACACUGUCCCCAAGAAGGGAUCCCUAAAUGUCUAAAGCUGAUAUCACUGUAAAUCAACCUGAAAUAAAUAAACUUGAGUUUUUUCUUGAUUG